UUCUUCACUGUUAUGCAUUACACACAUUCGUAAACAACAGAUUUACUCAGUGAUUUUACUUUCUUUUAGUUUUUAAGUUUUUUUUUUAUGAGGCUUUCUUUUUGUCUUCUUACUUCUAUCGUUGGGAACGUCUUAAAUAAACAAUCUUCUUGGAAAAAAUGGACACCGAAGUCGAAGAUCUGUUUGCAAUUUUAAGUUUUUUAAAACUUUGUAAAUCGUAUCGAAAACUUAAAAGAAAACGACAGGAAACAAGGACAAUUGCUGCCGCCCCAACACAGAUUGUCAAUAGAAAACAUCAUCAAACAACUAAUGCCGCAAUUAAAUUGGCAAAUGACUUUCAGAAGGAGAAGGAACAUGACGAAAAGAUCCAACAAACACAGCCGCCAAUUAUAGAAAUAAACCACGAAGAAUACAAAACAUAUUCCACUGAUCCGCAAGAGGAACAGGAACAAUUUAAUGAAAUAUUGGGAGAAACAGAAAGGCUUUCGGAUGAGGAAGAUGGUGAGUUUCUACAAGAUGGACAAUUGGUCUAUGAAGAAAAGCCACAAGUUGUGGCUGAUCCCUAUGUCGAAGAUGAAGAAGAAUAUCAAUACGCCAUAGCCUUUGAAGUAAAUGGCGAGCAACGACAUGUAGUAUUGGGUGGUGCUGUGGAGACUGACAACGCUGAACAAGAGCAAGAAACCAAAUAUGAGUGUCAAGAAAUUCAUGACGAUGGUGACGAGAUUUACUACGAUGUAUGUCCCCCCGAUGGCCAAGAGCAUGAAGUAUUAUUGGAAUCUGUUGAAGAAUUUAAUGAUGAUCUUUGUCAGGAUGAUGUUGAAAUUUGCUAUGAAGUAAAUGCAGAAGAAAUCGAGGAGUUCCCUCCAGAUAACACACUACUAAAACGAGAACCUGAAAAGAGACAGCGUCGACGCCGAAGAAGGGGCCAGACUGAUGAUAACGACGAAGACCAGACGGUCAAGGAGAAAAGGCCACGUACUCGACUUUUCAAAGUUAGACCCGAGAAUCUAAAUCGUUAUCAAGAAGGUUUCUUUGGGCGUGUUUUUCUUGAGGUGAAAAAGCAUAAUGAGGAACAAUUUCUGAUAUUGACACGCAUGAAAAAGGAUCUGUUUGAAAAGUUACUAAAAUUAACGUUUAAGGCAAUGCGUAAACGAGCACAGCACGUAUUUCCAGAAGAGAGAUUAUCCAUAACGCUUUUAUACUUGGCCCAUGGAACACCCUUUGAAGUUAUUGCAAAGCAUUAUAAACUAGGCAAAACAACCGUGCGUAAUUUGGUGUUGGAGACUUGUGAAAUACUUUAUGAAAAUCUCAGUCCCAUUUACCUAAGGGAACCCACUUCUGAGGAAUACAUUCAGAUUGCAGAGGAAUUUAAAGCCACAAGGCAAUUGCCAAACUGCGUUGGUGUUGUUGAUGGCAAACAUAUUGUCCUCAAGAAGCCAAGAAAAAUUAUAUUAGAGGAAUUAAAUUUGACAAACAUAAAUAGUUUGGUUAUAAUGGCAGCAUGUGAUGCGAACCAUAUUAUACGCUCAGCCACUGUUACAGUGGAAUCUCAUCAAUCAACGUUUGCCAAAGGUAUUAUUAACAAUACAUUACCUUUGCCACCAAAUGGCCUAUUGGGCGAUGAUGCUUCGACAGAUUUUCCCUAUUACUAUAUAGGAGAUUCAUCAUUCCCGCUGAGAACAAAUUUGAUGCGACCCUUUGAAGGCAGUACUACCAAUGACAAAGAAUUGUAUUUCAAUUAUCGGCUAUCACAGGGGCAAAGUGUUACAGAAAAUACAUUUAUAAUGUUGAGUUCAAUGUGGAAAAUUUUGCUAACGACCUUUGAUUUGGCGCCUCUGAACUGUGAAUCCAUUGUUAUGGCAUGUAUCGUUUUGUAUAAUUUUGUAAUGAUAAAUGGUGGAGAUCGAUGGCAUAAUGCUGAUGGAACUGUUAAUGCUGAACUUCCUCAUAAUGUGGAUGAAAGCACCGCAUGGGUUAGCGUUGAAUCGAUACAAUAUCGUUCACAUUUAGAAUCUAUUGUGGAAUAUGUUGGCGAAUCUAGUCCAGAAGCGAGUGAUUUGAGAAAUACAUUAAUGGAAUAUUUCUAUCGUGAAGGGCAUGAAUGAUGUAUAUAAUAAAUGUCUUUUAAUAAAAGUC